UCCCGAAAGGGACAGAUUAAAUAAAAGACUCUUUCUCGGGAUGUGCGCGAUAGAGUUAGCAGAGCAAUCUUUAAAGGGCAAACGUGACACGCGGAGCCACUAUUUCCCCCUCAGUGCAAGAAAAUGAUCAAGUCAAUCAUGUGGACAUGCUUCAUUAUUCAUUGAACACAAUCUUUUACAACGCUUCAUUUACGUGCAGGAGUUUCUUCUAGGCUUUGCUGUUAAAAUUAAGUGCAGUAUUGUGUUGAAGCGUUACUGUACAUCAUCGCAUUAACCCAUCUCCUUAGCCUCUUACACUACAUCUCAUGAAACUUGUCGUGCCCAAAGGCGAAGUCAUACCGAGGGGGCCGUGCAUGAUUGGUUACCUGCUAAGCCACAGUACCAUUGAGUUGUGGAACGAUCUAGGAUUUGAGUCUUGGCAUAAUCACUGUCAGAACUGUUCUACUGUUGGCUGGCAAGACGUAUAAUUCAACUACGGGAAGUGGAACACCCCUCUCAACAACCUUUCAGUGCAAAGCUCAGCUAUUAAACUCAGUGGUGUUUGCCAACUAGCCAAACAGUCCUAAAACAAGUAUGCAGUUCAUUUACUAAGGAAUGGAGGAAGCAAGUUUGUGCCUUGGUGUAUCUUCAGCAGUGCCUGAAGCUGAUGUCCCACUCAGCAAACCAGUAUUGAACGGCCAGUAUCCAAUAACCCAGAAGCUGCAUCAGUUGACAACUCAACUGGGACAUGCCUUUCCAGAACUCCAGGCCAGACAGACCCCUGAGGACAAAGCAGCAAUAUCAUUCGAUGAAAAGCAUCAUGUGACUGCAGCCAACCAGCCAAUUAACAGCCAAAUGACCAUGCCGGCAAAUCAGCUGCAUGCUGACAUUGACAGUAACUUGGGUCUGAAUGGGAGAGUUGACUUACAGCAUUUCUUAAAUGGACAGAACCUUGGCAUAAUUUCACAGAUAAAUGGCACAGAAGAUGAUGCAAAAAAAUCCAGAAAGUACCCAUGCCCCAUUUGUGGUAAGCGCUUUCGUUUUAACAGCAUUUUGUCACUCCACAUGCGCACUCACACCGGAGAAAAACCAUUCAAAUGUCCUUACUGUGAUCACAGAGCAGCUCAGAAAGGUAACUUGAAGAUUCAUCUUCGGACUCACAAACUUGGGAAUCUUGGAAAAGGUCGUGGGAGGGUCAGAGAAGAAAACAGGCUGCUGCAUGAGCUAGAAGAAAGGGCUAUCCUGAGGGAUAAACAAAUGAAAAGUGGCUUAGGCCAGCCAAGAGCUGAUGGGAAGCAGCAUCAAGCUGUUGUUAACCCCAGCAACUUGCCUUUACCAGCCAGUCAGAGUGGUUCUGAUGUUUCUAAUACAAUAUGUAUUACCAAGCCUACAGGUGCACAGGAAGAACCAGCGGCUGCUAUUGUGGGAUUCAGGUGCACAUUUUGCAAGGGGAAGUUUAAGAAACGUGAGGAGUUAGACCGCCAUAUUCGGAUACUCCACAAACCUUACAAGUGCACCCUUUGUGAAUUUGCUGCUUCUCAAGAGGAAGACCUGAUCAGCCAUGUGGAGAAAGCACACAUAACUGCUGAAUCAGUGCCAGGUCAAGGGUCGAGUGGAAAUGGAGAACAACCCAGUAAUGAAUUCCGCUGUGAAGUCUGUGGUCAGAUCUUUAGCCAGGCCUGGUUCCUGAAAGGUCACAUGAGAAAGCACAAGGAUUCUUUUGAACAUAGCUGUCAGAUUUGUGGACGACGAUUCAAGGAGCCCUGGUUUCUCAAAAACCACAUGAAGGUGCAUCUUAACAAAUUAGCUGUAAAGAACACAACUCAGAGCGAUCCAGAGGUGCCUGUGACUCUAAAUAAUAUGGUGCAAGAUUCCCACUCCAAUGUCUAUUCAGCGUACGUGUCUUGUUUACAGAGUGGUUUUUUAUCGCCUGAUAAACUGAGCUUGAAUGAACAAAGCCAACUUCAUUAUAAUAAAGCAGAAAUUGCACGGAAGGAAAAAGAAAUGCUUGGAAAGCUAUUAGUACCUGUGAGUAGCACAACCCGUGGUAUGGUGGAAGGAGAAAAACGUUCCUUAUUGGGAUGUCUGUCACUGGCACCUCCUUUAAAGGCUAGCUGCAUGGAGCGUUUGCAGGCAGUAGCCCGGGUGGCAGAGUUUGAUCCAGUAAACAGCUACCAGGCCUGGCAGCUGGUGACAAGAGGAAUGGCAAUGGAGCAGGCAGUGCUGCCAAAGAAGCACCUGCACCCUGGUCAGGAAGAAAAUCUGACCACUGCCGGUGUCAAUUUUGAUAAGGAGAAAGGAGAAUUUAUUUCUGCGUCUGGAGAAAAAUCAAAGCAGAAACUAGAUGGUGACCUGAUUCAAAGCACCAGAAGAAGUAACCUGAAUGAAGUUCUGGGUAAAGAUGAUUUAAUGGGAAGCAGAGAAUUUAUGUCACAAGGAAUGAAUCAAGGUCUGGAAUAUAAAAUUUCUGGAUUAGGACAGAACCAUGGAAAUGUGAAAGAAAAACCAACUGAAUGCCCAGACUGUGGCAGAGUAUUUCGAACCUAUCAUCAAGUUGUUGUGCAUUCCAGGGUGCAUAAGAAGGCAAGGAAACCCGGAGAUGAAGCUGUCCAGGUUGCUUUGGAUGAGCGACGUGGAUCUGGAAGUGACCAAGAUUCGCAAUCAGUUAGCAGGUCAACUACACCAGGAUCAUCCAACAUAACUGAGGAUAACACAACUGCAGGUGGCUUCUCCAUAACUGGAAAUACACAAGAAGAUAGUCCAAACCCAUCUUCUCCUUCUUCGUCAGAUGUAGGAGAGGAAGUGGGAAGGCCUGCAGGAAUACAACUGCCUUCUCUACUGAGAGAUCGAGUCCCUGGAUCAACCACGAGGGAUUGUCCUUACUGUGGGAAAUCGUUCAGAACAUCCCAUCAUCUGAAAGUUCACCUGCGAAUACAUACAGGAGAAAAGCCGUACAAGUGCCCUCAUUGUGACUACGCAGGAACCCAAUCAGCAUCCCUGAAGUAUCAUUUAGAACGCCAUCACCGGGAGCGGCAGAAUGGAACAAGUCCUUUGUCGGGUCAGUCUCACAUACAUCAAGAACAUUCUGAAGAGACAGCAAACAAAAGCCAGGUUUUUAUCAGACCAGAGAUACUGAGAGGAGUAUCAAAAAAUGUGCCAGGAACAGACCUCAGGAGUGGCCUGGUCCCUCAACAGUGGCCUAUGGGAGUUCUUCCAUCUGCAGAAUGCCAUGGACUUGGAUCUGGUGUCACAACAGAGCAUCAUUCUGAAAAUUUGAAAACUACUUCUGAAGUAUGUAGUGAAGAAACUCCCAGUCUUUCUGAUCUGAGCAGAGCUUUCCAGAGCCUAGCCGGAAAUGGAGUCAAUUUUCAAGGGUCUUUGCAAGCUUUUAUUGAUACUUUUGGACUGAGAUCUUUGGAGAAGGAAAAAGAAAUGAUGGAAAGAGUCUAUAACGAAACCACAAGUACAAAACAGGCUAGCUCCAAACCAACACUUGAGAAACAUACAAAGAAUGUAGUCUCAGAUGAUUGUGAAGGAAGGGCUGAAGGGAAACCAUCUGCUGGAAAAGCAAUUAUCAAAUCUAGGUCAAGUGCAGAAAAAUCCCAAUAUGAGCCAUUGGAUCUAUCUGUGAGACCUCCUUCAUGUGAUUCUGCCUCAGUCCCCGGUGCAACCAUUACCAUUCAGGACAAUAUUACUUGGCAUGGGUGUCUAUUCUGUUCCUUCACAACUUCAUCAACAGAAUUAAUGGUGCUUCACCUUCAAGCAAAUCACCUGGGAAAAUCAAAACGGAAGGAAAGUCUUCUGGGAAUUGCUGGAAAUGGAAAUGAUCUUCAAGGUGAGCCUUCAUCUGUUGCAAAAAAAACCUGUCUGCCAGUUUCUCCUGAUGUUAAUAAGCAAGAUGUAAUAGCUGUAAAGCCACUUGACAAGGCUGAUUCCUCCACUGAUAAGAUUUCACAACAUAGCCUAUCUAGUGAUUCUUUGGGAGACCACAAGAAGCCUUUUGUUAACACCUUGGACUCAAGCCUGAGUUCUCUAGUCACAGAUUUUUACAAACAAUUCAAUAAAUAUUCAAAUGUUGGUGGUCCAGGAACACCUAUCUUGAGUACAGCUCAUGAAUCUGAAAUGAAAUGUCCAUCGGCCAAUAAACUGAACCUUGUUUCACCAGGAGCCACCAGCAUGAGUCCUUCUGGUGAAGUCAGUAAUCAACCAUGCUGUGAUGACACAGGGUCUGUAAAUGAUCAACAUGUGGAUGAUCAAGAUGCAUUAGCAGACAUAAACCAACCGUUAACGUCUGAUGAAGAAAGUUCUGAUGAGGAAGAUCCGAUCCAUAGUGGAGCUCUUUCACAAGGAUCCCAGAAGCUUCUGAGUUCCAUGGGUAAACCUCAAGGUGGACCUUGGCACAAUUUAAAUUUUCUGCCAUCUCAUGAUAUUCCACCAGGACUGGUCAAACAGGAGCAUGUCCAUGACCACCAGCUUCUGGACCAGCAGAUGAACAUGCUCUCUGUUCUGAGAGCUUACAGCACAGACAACAUGGCAGCUUUCAAUGGUAUUGGAAAUAGUUCAGUCAGCGGCAGCAGUGCUAAGAGAUCAGAUUUAUCAGGUUUGGGGAAGACACAAGGCAAGCACAAUGAGUUCCCAUGCAAGGAAUGUGGUAAAGUCUUUAACCAGCCCAGCCACCUUAGGACCCAUAUGAGGUCACAUACAGGUUAAAGACCCCUGUGCUGAACAUUUUCCUGGGCCCCUGGACAGGACGCAGCUCCUGCAAUGACAGUUUUUGAAUUUAGAAACUACAGACGAGCAUGUCACUGCAAAGAGCUCUGUGACUCAGUAGGAAAACGAAAAUUGAGUACAACAUCACUGUCUGCUAAUUAAAUGGCAAAUACAAAGCUGAAGCCUGGACAAUGCCUGUUAUCAGUUAGAUGAUAAUAGCUUGUAAUUUGUGUUUAACAACAAAAUGGCGAACCAAUAAUGCUCGCCAUUGAUCUCCAAACGAAGCUACACGAACAGAUCUAGCACUCUGUGUGACAAGAACUAUACCUUUCCGUUUAUGUGCAGUUGCUUAUAGCUGAGUUUAAUCAGAAGUCUGAACUUGAAACUGCAGUGAUGUCACUAAGCUGUACAGGGAGCCAAUCACAUUAAGGAUUUGUCACAGUUGACCAACUGGGAAAUGAAAAACACUAAUACUCAAAACACAUAUUUAUACAUUUUACAAAUAGCAAAAAUAAAGAUUGGGACGUACAAGCUGAGCUAAAAUUAAAUGCCUACAAGUUUGGAAACAUGUCUUUUGGUCCAAUAAGUUCAUAAUGACCCCUCAAAGAGCAUCUCACCCAGACUCUACCCCUUACCUGAUAACCCUGCAUUUCUCAUGGCCAAUCCAUCUGACCUGCGUGUUUUUUGGACUAUGGUAGGAAACUAGAGCACCCAGAGGAAAUCCAUGGUGAAAAUAUGCGAACUCCACACAGACAGUCCCCCAAGGGAGGAAUUGAAUCCAGUUUCCCUGGUCUGUGAGGCAGUGGUGUUUACCACUGAGCCACUGAGCAGCCCUAAGUUAAGUUGAUAAUUGAAAUAGCAUGAACAGACUUUAAAAUUAAAACAAAAAUAGGUUCUAAAACUUGAUUAAAAUAAAGUAAAAAAUAGAAGAGACAAUUAACAACAUCCCAUAAUUUUUUCAGGGUCAGAUCAGUUGCUCAGCAGUAUUUAAUGGCCAGAUUACUGUUUUAGGAAAUGCACCUCAUUGAGCAAAGCUUAACUUUCCAACAUUUUCUAUCAAGGGGUUGUCACAUUUAUAACAGAGCCAAAAGGGGAAUGUUUUCACUAGAUCAAUUAAUUUCACUGAUAGUCAGUUCUGGAUCAGGUUAGGGAGUGGUGUUGAUUGGCUGAUGACAGAUGCCAAUUUCAGGAUUUUCACAUUCGUUUACACUUGUGCUUAUUCCUACCAUCAUGGUCAGUCUCUGAGUUGUAAAUAUGGUGAAUCCUGCCAGCUCGCCAUCACAAGCCCUGCAAUUUCUGGUCUUUUGUUAAAUUUAAUUUAUAUUUUUGUAACAUUUGCAGUCCAACUGAGUCACAAAGCUAAAACCUGUACAUUAAAAUAAAAAAUAUAUAUUUGUUAUCAAACUGUGAAUGCGUAAGCUGUAAAGUCCUGGGGUUGUCCAUGCACCUGAAUAACUCAUAUCAAUGAGAAAAAAUGUGGAAUAUUAUGAUUUUAUCAAUCACACCAACCAUUCAGCCUUGUAGUAUUAAAGCCUCCUUACUGCUGUGUGUAUUUUAGUGCAUACAUCAAUGUUCUAAUUGAAUGCAAUGGUAACAUGGUGCUUAGAAUCCAGACUGUGCUCUUUGAACAGGUGCACAUCUGGCACAAGACUAGUGUGAUUUCUCUAUGUACAAGAAUAGACGUAACAUUUUUUUGUGAAUUUAAAAGGAUAGAACACAGUUGCUGGUAAUGCCUUAUAGUAAUAGCAGAAUACCUGACACUAAAAGACAAUUGAAAAAUAAUAUUUUUCCCACUAUUUAAGUCUCUUCAAGUGUGCUGAAGUCCAAGGAUAUUGUAUUAUUUUUCAAAAAUACAAUCAGGCCUACAAACUCCUUAUCAGCAGUUUGGAAUAUGCCAGCCUGAAGCUUCACAAGAUAAAUGCCUGAUUCCUGUUGUGAUUUGUGAAGGAUGUGCCUGUACUUUCCUCUGGUCCGAAGGGCACACUAGCUGAAAAGCCAGUUUAAAUGAAAUCUUAUCAUUAAUACUUAUGGUAACUGCUAUUAAAAUUGAACCAGCAUCUGUUUCUUGGAAUUUUAAAUCUUGAAACCAGUUACUGUAUGUGUAUUGAUUGAGCUAACUUCUAUUCCAAGUAACCUGUAAUGAGUAAGUGGGAAAACUUUCAUAAUAUAAAAUCAGAGCUUCCUACCACAUAAACCUAGUCUCUAAAAUGUAUGGAAAUUAAAGCCAUAUUUUCCUCCAGAUUUCUGUUAAACACUUACCAUUUGUCAACAUGGUAUAUUUUGUAAUUGAUUCCAAGUUUUUAUCAGUGUAAUUUUCCAUUAUGUGUUAGUUAAUCUGUGUGCUUAGCAACCUGAGUAUCCACUUAGAAGGAUCUAAGAUAGGCUGCCACCAUUUCCUUGAGAGUACAUCAGUACCAGUCUAAGGCAGCUAAUUAAACUGGAAGGUAUCUUGCCUAGACAUUCAGCAAGCUGUAGUCAGUGUCUGAUGGUUUUUUUUUUAAGAAAAGGAUAUUUGUAGUUUGUUAGGGAAUAUUCUAAAAUAGAAUUUAUAUUUGUCAAUAUAUGAAGAAUAACAACCAUUAGCACCUGCUUACUUUUCCCUGUGUCCACCUUAAGAGAGAAUAUGGCUUUAAAGAACAAUAGGGGAGAAGUUCAACUUGCAUGUUUUCCAAUGUAAAAUAAGAUGCAAAAACCAAAACCAAAUUCUGCAUUGGCCUUUAUUUGAAUAAAACCUGUGAACUGUGGGUGCCAAUUAGAUGUCCUGAUCCAGAUUGCUUGUUGCUCAGGGGCAGAUGAAAUCCUAUCAGCACCCGAGCAAGCUAAUGGGAAGAUCCUGUGAGCAUUUCUGCUUCUACUGAUCCUGCAGAAAUGCAGCUUUUAAAAACUUUUGUGUCCAUUUCUUGAACAGUCUUCAGGAGUCCUUUUAAAGUCAAUUGGUUUGACUGUCUUGAGACCUGGUGCUGUGGGGCAAACUUGGUCUGGUGCGAAGUCACCAAUUUCUAGUUCAAUUUUGUAUUGGGGUCCAUCAAACAUGGUAAGAAUUCCACUUUUCAAAUGGAAAGUUGUCUAACAUCUAUUACAAAUGGGUGUCCUGGACAUUUAUAAGCUGCCUACUUCCAAUAUUUUGAUCAAUUUGCUUCCUGGCGAGAUCAGUUCUGUCAUGUUGCUACCUAAAAUGUGCAGUCCCUGAAACUAUUUUAGAGGUAAAAACAGGAUAAAGGUAAAUUGAAUUUCUCCCCCGAUAUGUGUUUCAUGUGUUUAGAAGGUAACAAAACCAGAACAAGUUUCUUUAAUAAAAUUGUUGAAAAUUAGUAUGGUA